GCAUGCUUUGCGCCGAAUCUUUACGCAUGCGUCCUUCUCACCGGCCGGACAGGAACGGGCUCGUUUUGACCUAGAGGAGAAGAAGAUGGCGGCGGCCGUGGGCUUGUGUCAGAAGGUGCGUCACUUCAGCACCUCUCUGGUCAGGCCAGUUACAAAAUUGGUGCAGCCCCCGAUCCAAGUCUAUGGAUUGGAAGGCCGAUAUGCCACUGCACUCUACUCUGCUGCUUCUAAACAGAAAAAGUUGGACCAGAUAGAAAAAGAACUGAGUCGAGUAUCGGCACUUAUGAGGGAACCUAAACUAUCUGCCAUCGUCUUGAACCCUCACGUAAAGAUUGCGGUGAAGCGAAAGACUGUGAAUGAUGCUUUAGUUAAAGAAAAGAUGUCGCCUAUCACUGUCAACUUAAUCAAUGUCCUUGCUGAAAAUGGUCGAUUGCGUUACACUCCAGGUGUAAUUUCUGCGUUUGGUAAGAUCAUGAGUGCAUAUCGUGGAGAAGUGCUGUGCUCUGUUACCACUGCUAAGCCCUUGGACGAGGCCAGUCUUACUGAGUUGAAAACAGCCUUAAACGGCUUCUUAGCUAAAGGAGAGGUACUGAAACUGGAGGUGAAGACUGAUCCGUCAAUCUUGGGAGGAAUGAUUGUCAGCAUUGGAGAUAAAUAUGUUGAUAUGUCUACCAAGACCAAGAUUCAGAAACUGAGCUCAGUCAUGAGACAGGCUGUCUAAAGUUCACCCUUGGAAGUUUUUCACUAAAGCAUUUUGAAUUAUAUGAUGGAAACAAUAAAAGCGAUUCCCCUUAAAUAGAUAA